AUGUUGAUGCAACAAUUGGUUUUUCUUAUAAGCUGUUUGUGCACUGUAGUAGUCGCGAAUGCGACGAAUGAGUUGAAUGUUCAUGUGUUUAUUAACCGGUACAAUGCCUACGGAAGAGCAAAUAUAAUCACGACCCUGGACACCUUGCCAGAGGCGUGGUUCACGACUAGGGUCACCAUGAAAGUGAGGAUUUUGGUUGACUACUUCCAGACAAACGUGAGCGAGCACCAGGGGGCUUUGGCCUGGUAUCGCACAGCAAACCUGCGGGAGACACUCGACUUCUAUGAUGUGAAGAUAGAAAAGGAUCUGCCCUACGUGAAGGGUCACUUUCAUGUGUCGAGAGCCAACUUCUUUUCAAGCGGGCACUUCCUUAUCACGGCGAUCAUUACAACCGAGGGCCUGUACGACAAUGCGGUGACAGCAACGACCUAUACGAUUGUCAAGCUAAUGCAGGGCAAUGCCUGCGAGCCCAAAUUCGACAUUCCAAGCUGCUUCGACUCAAAUCGGCCCCAAUAUUACGAGACAUCCAAGGAAAUUGUCCUCCGAGCCAACUUCUCCCGGUUCUGCCCAAUGGAUACCUUCAUCCAAUAUCACUGGACCCUCCACGACAGUACCGAUGCGAGAGAUCGCAUUAUUAUUCCACCGUACAGCCAACCGAAUAACCAGACACUCCACGUAGUACUGCUGAUACGUUCCGCCUUCGAUCCCAUCCGCACCGCCAGGUCGAGGCAGAAACUGGACUUUGCCCUCUCCCCUCAUCUGAUAAACCUGGAGGUUGCCUGCGUUCGGAACUGCGAGGAGAACAAGUACUAUCCGGGAAAACCCAUCCACCUGAUGGGCAAGUGCGAGGGCGUUGGCAACAAGAACAUUACCAAAUGGGAGUGGCUAGUGGGUAAUCUGCCAGUAGAGGGACAUGCAAACCGACUUAUUUAUACGGAAAAGGACAUGAAGAAACAGAACGUUAGCAUACAUCUCAAUGUGGAAGCAGCCCAUCUAUACAACCCGAGCUACAACUAUUAUGGAGAGGACUGGAUAUUUUUGGAGAAAAACAUGGGCCCCACCGACACCAAGUGCACGAUAGUCCCGAGAGAUGGCUAUGCAUUCGAGACACUAUUCAUGAUCCAGUGCCAGAGAAGUCGAGCUCGCUUCAUGCCCCUUCGGUAUUGUGUAGAAGUCGGCAACGUUCUCAUUAUCGACUGGCAGUCGAAUCGGGAGAUGGUCGUUCGACUCCUUCCAACGAAUAAGGUUUACGUAAAGAUAUGCGAUAAGCUUGAUGUUUGUGAAAAUGUUGAGCUUAAAGUCCGGGUCCGGACAAUACCCAUUCCAGAAAAGGAGCCCGAGGUCAUAGCUGACCAUCUGGCUCGAGUGCGUCACUGGCUGGAGUAUGCAGACUGGCAGAAGGCCUAUCCUCUGUUGAGUCUAAUAUCCAAAGCGAUCAAAACCAAGGAAAUGCUGGUUAUUUUCACGGAUACACUCGCCGCACAUGUGCCGCAGUCAACCGUAGAACUCACGCAGCUGGUGCGACUCACAAAGAACGUGGUGGUCACCAUUCAGCCACUCGAUGACAUGAAGGCUCUUAUAUUGGCCAGAAUGUUCCACAGAAUCACCUCAACGUACAAGCUAAUAGUCGAGAGCAACGAUCUCACUCUGCUGGACGAAUACUACGAGCAGAUGACGAGCGAUAUGUGCGACAUGCUGGACAUCAUAAACGCCGAGUGGGAGUACAUUCCCAAGGCGCACUGCCUCACGGAGUCGGAGUCGUGCAUAAACAUCAAUCACUUUGGAAAAAGACUAGAGCAACUGUCGUCCCUGCGACCGCUCCUGGAACAUGUGGACAACUGGAUGUACGCGUAUUGGAAGCUGAGCAACUGCCUCAUUUAUAUGGGGAUGGAAACGGCCCGUCGUCUCCACCCCCAUGAGGGCCCGAGACUAAUUAAAAAGGAUAGUUUCACCAUCCACAUGGAGAGCUUUGAUCUGGACUACCAGCGCAGUCUCCGAUUCGAGUCCGCCGACUCGAUGCACACGCUCUCGUUUUCGCGGAAUCUUCUUCGCGAACUGCGUCGGCGACUGCGACACAACGAAGUUCUGAUUUCUGUGCGCAGUCAUAAGAUCAGCCAGUACUGGUGGUACCCGAAGAAGCGAUCGCGAACCCAGGAACUGGUCGUAAAUGCGUUUACGACCAGUUCAAUGUUCCUACCGUCCGCACCGCUGUUGGAACCGCUCAAGUUCUUCGCGAGGCUAGAGAAUACCCCGAAGAUCGACAUCGCCGAACGGGACAGGCGAAGUGAACUCUUUGGCGGACCCGAGGAGGAGGCCUAUGCCGUUAUUCACGAUAAUGUUUACACCCCGUUCGAGGUUCGAAUGUACCGCACCGAAAUCUAUGCCAAGUCAGUGCUGAAGGUGACAUUUAUCCGAGCACAGAUAGACUACGACGUGCUGAUCCGUAUGACGAACGUACCCAAGUUGGAGGACAUGGACGUGCACGGCGCCAUGUGUCGAGUGAAGUACGGCAUUGAGCAGAGAACCAAUUUUCUACUGAGAAAUCGCUGCGGUGAAGCGCGCUCGGCGUUUAUUUAUCUCCGUGCAGCCAAUCCAUCUGAGCCGUGGGAUACCUUUGAUCAGAACGGAGCCUACUUCUCGUUCGCCACCGAGAUCCACAUCUGCCGAGCCUGGAACUCCUCGGGCACCGAGCAUAGCUGGCAGAAAAUAUCCUGCAUGCCCGAUAUGAUCAAAAGCACCAACUCGGGUGUGCACUGCAGCUGCAAUGUCAUUGGCGACUUUGAUGUGGAUGCCAUGCCCAUAAUCACCGUGCCCGUGAACAUCAAAUGCCACCUGGAUCGGCCAGUGGCGAGACGGCACUACGAUAUGCUUAUCGUGUACGUGCUCAUAACCGUGCUGACUGUAAUAUACAUAAUUCAUCACAUGAAGAAAAUACGUCAUUGGGACAGGCAGCUGUGUGUUGUAGACUACUAUACGAGAGCGCUGUACUACCGUGGCGACAUCGUCCUCCGUCUCACCUUCGGUGGACGACUCAAUGCCGGCUCGUCGGGCAAUAUCAUAGUUUCAUUGAAGUCAUCCCAGGGGACUGUGCAAAUGAUCGUCUACCAAGACCCAAUCUGCAAAUCAUUCCUGCGAAACAGCACAGUAUCGUUCCGUAUUCAGCGUGAGCUCGUCCAGGUGCCCGCUGAGAUCGCGAUCGGCCAUGACGACUCUGGGAUAUACCCGCACUUCUUUUGUCGGACCGUUGUCCUUACCGAUAUGCACACCGGACAGACACAGACCUUCCUCAUUCAUAAAUGGCUGAGGGGUGCCCCGAACACCUCCAGAUACAUAUCAGCUCCGGUAUUUUACUUCGCGAAAACCACCGAAAAAGAGGUAUACCCUUGGCGCGCACGUUUCGCCCAUAUACUGGAAAUUUGCAUGGGAGGCUGGUAUCUGUUUCAACCAAUCAUCGGUCCCUGGCGCAUCGGAACGCACUGUUCUUCGUUUUGUCGCUGGGAGCGCAGUUGCAUUUUUAUAGUCAAGCUAUUUGUCACGAUUUGCAUUGUUGUUCAGUACUUCGGGCCAUCCUAUGUGUCCCUGUCCUGCGACCCGAGUCCGAAGAAAUACCACGACUUGUCUUCAGUAUUCUGGGUAGCCUUGAUAUGUUUUAUAACCACUGCUUUCGUACAAGCAGCUAUGGAAAAGACUAUCCUAUUAAUUGGAUACUAUGAUCAUAUUUAG